GGCUAUGUGUAUAUCUUUUCACCGUUUACUGAAUAUUUAGCAUGGAUCCGGCUUGGCUAUAUAUAAUAUAUUCAUUAAUCCAACCCCAUUACAUUUUACAAACAAGACCUUAGGCCUGAAAUCCUUUGAACUCUAAAGUUUCCCAAAGAAAUCAUGAAGCUUUUUAUUGCAACUUUGUCUGUAAUUUUCAUUCUUCUUUUUUCAUCUUUUGUUUAUCCAUCCAUGGCUGUUGAUCAUGUUGGUGCAGCAUCCAAAACUAAACCAAAUUAUGAAGGUGCAGGUGACUUUUGUGGCUCCAAAUGUGCGGUUAGAUGCAGCAAAGCAGGACAUGACAACUGUUUAAAAUAUUGCCAUAUUUGCUGCCGGAAAUGCAAUUGUGUUCCAUCAGGAACUUUUGGCAACAAGCAUGAAUGCCCUUGUUACAGAGAUAUGAGGAACUCUAAGGGUAACCCCAAGUGUCCUUAAACAAAAUGCUCCCCUAAGAAUAAUCCCAUGUAGUAUGUAUUAGUCUUUUCCGUAAUCAAUUAUUACUUCUGUAUAAACAUAGACCUGUCUAGUUUUAAGCAUAAUUUUGUAGUUAAUUAUGAAGUGCAUAUCUCCAUCUUCGAAAAUAAGUGUAUCACAGGAGAAUCUAUCAAAAUAGGUAAAUGCAUAAUAAUGUAAAACUGGAUUUUCUAAUAGCAUUAGUAAUAUA